AAAACUAAUAUUGUGGUGUAGAAUCGUUUGCAUAUAUUCAUUGAAGACGAAAUAUAUCAUACAAGUAUAUAUACAUCUUAUUUAACUUGAUUCUAAGGUUUAGGUGGAUUAGAACAUAAUAAAAAAUGAUGGAGAAUAACAAAACAGUAGAAGUGGUUAACUUCGGAAAAUCUGUUAUAGUGCCAAGCGUACAAGAGCUAGCUAAGGAGUCCAUCACCCAUGUUCCUUCUAGGUACUUGAGAGUUCAAGAGAACGACAACGACUCAACGAUCGACUGUCCGAUUGAUCAAACAUCCCCGGUAUCAGUUCCGGUGAUUGAUCUUCAAAGGCUUCUUCAUGCUGAUUCUAAGGACUCUGAAUUAGACAAACUUCAUCUUGCUUGCAAAGAGUGGGGAUUUUUCCAGGUGAUAAACCAUGGGGUUAGCAUUUCAUUGCUAGAAACAUUCAAGGAAGAGGUAACUAAUUUUUUGAAGCUUCCAAUGGAGGAAAAGAAGAUAUUAUGGCAACAACAAGACAAUCAAGAAGGAUUUGGGCAGUUGUUUGUGGUUUCGGAAGACCAAAAACUUGACUGGUGUGAUAUGUUCUACGUCACCACUCUUCCUCUUAAAUUAAGAAAGCCUCAUCUUUUUGAUAAUUUGCCUCAAAAUAUCAGGGUUACCAUGGAAGCUUAUACAGUAGCAAUGAAGGGCUUGGCUCAGACUAUCUUGAACCAUAUGGCUAAAGCACUAGGGAUCAACGAGGGCGAGAUGGUAGAGUUAUUCGGUGAAGGAUGGCAAUCCAUAAGAAUGAAUUACUAUCCACCAUGCCCCGAGCCUCACAAAGCCAUAGGGAUCACGCCUCACUCGGAUGCAGAUUCUCUCACAAUCCUUUAUCAAUUGAAUGACAUCCAAGGCCUCCAAGUUAAGAAAGAUGGGAACUGGGUGCCCGUUAUACCCCUUGAGAAUGCUUUUGUGGCAAAUCUUGGGGAUUGUAUGGAGGUUUUGAGCAAUGGAAUAUAUCGGAGUAUUGAGCACAGGGCAACAGUGAACUCCGCGAAAGAGAGGAUAUCAGUUGCCACAUUUCAUAGCUUCAACAUUGAUUAUGAUAUAGGACCAGCUAAGAGCAUUGUUGGUCCCCUUAACCCUCCACUUUUCCGAACGGAACCAUUGAAACAAUACUACAAGGGGUUCUUUGCAAGAAAGCUCAAUGGAAAAUCAUAUCUAGAUGUUAUGAGAUUACAAGGAGAUCUCAACACCAAUUAAAAUUACGGAAAGCCAAGUAGUAAGAUCUAUAUAUGAUGGGCAAGCCCCAGUUUCUCUUCUUGAGAAACAAUGGUUGUUUCUCUAAUGGCAAAUUCUGUAAAUAAUAGCAAAAGUGUCAAUAUUAUAUUAUUUUUUUGUUGCUGACUCACACAAAAAAACAAUCAGUACUUUUUUUUUCCUGUUUCUCUCGUUCUCCUUUCUUCGUUCUUCCUAAUUCAUCACUCAUCAACAAUGGCAGAUUAUGUCUAAUUAACACCACAACAAACAUCAUCCCAACACCUCAACAAACACGAACCCCAACAGUACCACUUCCGGCGGCUUCGCCGCCGAAUUCAACGAAAAACCCUAGGAAAAAGAUUGAAAUUAAUGGCAUGAUUAACCCCUAAAUGAUAGGUGUU